UCCAUGUGUCUUCUUCGUCAUCCUCUCAAACAAUCACAUCAAGGGGAGAACAAGAAAAACCCCUAGCCACACUUCGAAAGAAUAAUUUCAUAAAGAGAGAGAUCAUGACAAGAGGGAAGAUCCAGAUCAAGCCGAUCGAGAACCCGACCAACCGGCAGGUCACGUACUCGAAGAGACGGAAUGGGCUGUUCAAGAAGGCGAGGGAGCUCACCGUGCUCUGCGACGCGAAGGUCUCCCUCAUCAUGAUCUCUAGCACCAAGAGGCUCCACGAGUACAUCAGCCCCAACACUACGACGAAGGAGAUGAUCGAUGAGUACCAGAAAACCAUGGACGUUGAUAUAUGGAGCUCCCACUAUGAGGCUAUGGAAGAGGAAUUGAGGAAGCUCAAAGAGGUGAACAGUCAGCUCCGUCUAGAAAUCAAUAGGAGGAGGCUGGGCGAAGGUUUAGAGGAACUGAGCAUGAGAGAACUGUGCGGUCUUGAGCAAGAAAUAAGAGAUGGUUUGGAAGUCAUUCGUGAACGAAAGAUAAAGGUCCUCUCAAGUGAAAUCGACAAGACCAACAAAAAGAGGAGGAAUGGUGAGGUUAUAAACCGAAGGCUCAUUCAACAAUUCGAAAGCAUCAACAUAGAAGCUGGAGAGGAUGACCCGCACUUUGGUUUAGUCUACAAUGGAGGCAUAAUUGAUCCGGAUUAUGUGAUUGGUUACUCAAAUGGAGGAACUCGCGAGUUCGGCCUUUGCUGUGACCGGAGCUUGCCAUCCAAUGUCUGCAGUGGAGACGUAUCAGAUAUCACAACCUAUCCCUUGCUCGACUAGUGAGUCUGAUAUCACAUGACAUUACAAAUUAUGUGAUUUAGCAGUGCGAACUCCAAGUUUGUCCCUGAAUUUAUGAUGUUAUUCUAUCAAUGUUUGAACCGAUUAGACGUGUAAAACUUGUUCUGUACCUGUUUCCUAUUGGAUGCACCGACUUAAGACUUUUAGCCUAGACUGCUAUUAUUUCGUGUCGGAAUCUUUCUCCAUUGCAUGAUCUAGCUAUUACUGUCAUGGUCGAUCCAAUCGACAGUAGUUCAUCCGUGAAAAGAUUAUUGAGUAAUAAUCAUUUGAAGGUUGUUCUCA